AGAAGACACUUCACGAUAGUACCAGAAUGUUAAGGAAAGAAAUGCACUGGAGUGACUGUAAUAACAGGUGUAAUUGUGACUAAUUCACUUCUUUUGCGAUAUCAAACAAGCUGCGUUUAUGAGAGAGCGCUCGGAGCAGCAUUAUGUCAUUAAAUUUUGAUGAGAGGAGCGGUGAAGUGCCAUGUAAAACAGCAUGGGGCUCAUGGUAUCAGACUAUGGAAGAGGUUUUCAUCGAAGUCAAUGUUCCUCUUGGUACUUCAGCUAAAGACGUCAAGUGUAACAUCGGCAGCAAACAGAUUGAGCUUCAUGUCAAAAGCCAACAAAUAUUCAAGGGAAAGCUGUUUGGAUCCACAGUCAGCGAUGAAGCUAUGUGGACGUUAGAGGACAAGAAAUUGAUCCGGAUCGUUCUUAUGAAAACAAAUCGAGAGGCUGGGAACUGCUGGCAGUCUCUGUUGGAGGGAGAGUAUGCAGCGGACCCAUGGGUGCAGGACCAGAUGCAGAGGAAACUCACACUGGAAAGGUUUCAGAAAGAGAAUCCUGGAUUUGACUUCAGUGGGGCAGAGAUUUCUGGAAACUUUCAUGGUGGUGGACCGGAUUUCUCCAAUUUGCAAAAAUGAACCAAUUUAUCUACUGAUAUAUUUUCAGUCACUUCGAAGAGUUAUUUGUUGUUUGCUUGCUAAGAACAAAAAGCAUAUGACACCAGGCUGUUGAUAAAGCCAAAAUCAUUCACAAGCAGCCUUUUGAUUAAAGUCUUUCUAUGGCAGUUCAUGGCAGGUUUUGUUUUUGUAAUUGAAAAGUUGUUUUAGAAGACUGUUGAAUCAGCUCUUUGGUGUUUUUGCGCUUCUGUGUCAAUGUUAUUAAAGGAGAGCAACACAA